UGUGAUCCAUAGAGCAUGCUGCAUCUUAUUAGCACGAAUGCGUGGUUUGAAAGGGUUGAUGGUAGAAUAUUGAGUACUUUAUCCAUCAAUUCGAUUAGUUAUAUAUUUGUAAAUGAUGAUGCUCUUUCUUGUUUACAUACCAUCCAUUCAAGUGGAAAACUGCUAUUUUUGUUUAGUGUGAUUGUCUCUUUGGCAUCGGUUCAGGGAGCACCGAGUCCUGCACCCCAAAAUGAAGUCUGGGCCUUUCUGGUUGCUGGUUCAAGCGGCUAUUACAAUUACAGACAUCAAGCUGAUGUUUGCCAUGCCUACCAUAUUAUGCUCGACAAAGGAGUUCCACCUGAGAGGGUUGUUGUCAUGAUGGUCGACGACGUUGCAAACGACCCCAACAACCCCCAAAAAGGCACCCUUUUCAAUAAACCUGGAGGGCCGAAUGUUUACAAAGGCUGUAAAGUCGACUACAAGGGAACGGAUGUUAAUGUUCCCACCUUCCUUAAUGUUCUGAAAGGAAAUAAAACGGCUGUUGCAGGAGUUGGAACAGGUAGAGUGAUUGAAAGUACAAAUACUUCACACGUUUUUGUUAACUUUGUUGAUCAUGGGGGUGUUGGUCUCCUUUGCUUCCCUGACGAUGAUUUAUAUGCUGAUAUCUUGGAGAAAGCAUUGCGUUCACUUGCUAAAGAAAAAAGAUUCGCAAAGCUUGUUUUGUACGUCGAAGCCUGUGAAUCUGGAUCUGUCUUUGAUAACAUUUUGGAAGAAAACAUGAACAUCUAUGUCAGUACUGCAGCUGCUCGAGAUGAAUCUUCUUGGGGAUGGUACUGCGAUAAUGGAACUUGCCUAGGUGAUCAAUUCAGUAUUUCCUGGAUGGAGCAUAUGGAUACACUGUCAAAAGGAAUGUUUGAAACACUUUUCCACCAGUACAGAGUUGUGAGAACUGCUGUAACCAAAAGCCAUGUAAACCUUUACGGAGAUUUCAGAUUGGGUUAUGAUGUUGUCGAAGUGGAAGACUCAUCCACAUUUUUAAAUUCAGUGAAUAAUACCGCUGUAGGUGUAAACAGUAGGGACGUUGCACUCCACUUCGCCAAAAUGAAUGCGUUAAAUGCCCCUGACCACAAAACGAGGCAACACUUUGAGAUGAAAUUAACAAACAUGAAAAAUGGAAGGGAUAUGGCUGACAAAAUAAUAUCUUUAAUCAUGGCAGCGGCAACUAAAGGAGAUAAAAAAUUGCAAGAGCAGCUUGAAACAACAAGAUAUCCAUUAAACAUAGAUAUUUUCCCUUGUUACCGACAAAUAAUUGCAAAAUUUAAAGAAGUGUGCUUCAAUACUAACAAGCACACUUACUUUCUCCAACAUCUAUAUAAAUUCGCCAAUUUAUGUGUAUCUGGAGUCGACAUUGAACCUGUGUUUACAGAAAUGGCAGCAAUAUGCAAUUCUCAAAACUACUCAUUUGGUGAAAAGUACAUUCUGUAAAAUGAUAUAGACAUAAUAAAAAGAAUAUUACUCAAUUAAAA